GUCACAGUGGAUGGCCAAAUGAUAAUUUGUUUGUUUAAUUACGCUAUCUAUGGGGACCAUGUUUGCUCGAUACCCACUGGGGCACUAUUGUAUCAAGAACCUACAUAGCAGCAGACGUGCCCUGAGCAACAAACUCCGCAAAGGGCUGGGAAUUGCAUUCAUUGCACAGGAGACUCACAAACUCGGUGGCUUUUCCUUUCAUUUUUACUUUCAUACAAUGAGUGAAACGGCCAAUAAGGAAGUUGAAGAUACAAGCGGUCAUGACAGCCAUGCUAUGAAGCGCACACAAACGCAAGCCGAACUUCCAACCCGUCGACAGCGUAAACGUAAAGCAGGCGAUUUCCGUGAUAAAAAUGAUCUCGGCGAUGUCGAAUAUUAUUUCGAACAUGGAUUACGGAAGGUUCGACCUUAUUAUUUCGAGUACAAGGCCUACGCCAAAGGUCGCUGGCUCGGUCGCACGAUCUUGGAGGUCUUUAGUCAGGAAUUUCGCGAUCGCAGUGAAAAGUAUUAUCGUUAUGCGAUUGAAAACGGACUAAUCACCAUCAAUGAUUUGCCGGUCACUGUGAAUACCAUUGUCAAGAAUAGUGAUGUGAUUUCACAUAAAAUUCAUCGACAUGAACCUCCCUGUUCUGAUAAGCCGGUUAAAAUCGUUUACGAAGACAAAGAUCUAUAUGUUAUCGAUAAACCUGGUGGUAUCCCUGUCCAUCCAUCGGGACGAUAUCGUCACAAUACUGUCCUUCACGUUCUGCGGCGCCAGCAUAAUAUACCAAAACUCUAUCCUGCCAAUCGACUGGACCGUUUAACAUCCGGGCUGAUGCUUAUUGCGCUGAACGGUCAGCGCGCCAAAUCAUUGGAAGAAGAAAUGUCUGCAGGCCAGAUUCGAAAAGAAUACGUUUGCCGGGUCGUUGGUGAAUUUCCAGAGGAAGAGAUCAUAUGUGAUCAACCCAUCAAAACCAUCUCCUUCAAGUUAUCCAUGAACUAUGUUCAUGAAGACGGUAAACCGUGUAAGACAAUUUUCCAGCGAAUUAGCUACAAUGGCACCACCAGUGUCGUCCGGUGUAAGCCCAUAACUGGCCGUACUCAUCAAAUCCGAGUUCAUCUACGAUACCUUGGCUAUCCGAUUGCUAAUGACCCGCUGUAUGGAAAUCGCUCCCUAUGGUCACCUAUGCUUCCCAUGAAACAAUCCAUGACCGAUGAGGAAGCCGAGCUCUUAGUCAAGAAACAACUGGAGGCAUCGCAAUACGAAUCUGGAAUUUGGGGCGAUGAAGGGGACGGAAUCGGUGGUCAAGUUCCCCUAACAGCUGAACCUGAGCAGAAUGAAGCAGCCGGCAAGGAGAAAGUGCCGCUCGAUAAAUGUGAACAGUGCAGUGUCAGCUUAUUGCCUGAUCCAAAACCUGAAGAUCUUUAUAUCUGGCUGCAUGCUUGGCGCUACGCAGGAAAUGGAUGGAGCUACGAAACUGAACUCCCAGAGUGGGCAAGAGAAGAUUUCGAUCCCAAAUAGAUCAUACAAAGUCAACAUUACUUUAAUUCAUCACCAUUGUGUAUAAUACAGGCCUAGAUGAUGGCUAUUUUGUCGUACUGUAUAUACUUAUGAAAACCAGGGUUGCUAUCGAAAACGAGUAAUACAAUAGUGACUUGUAUGGCUGUUCUCCAGGAACAUGCCAAGAGCGU